AUGAAAAAAGAAACACACCAGCUGCAGCUAUAUAAAGAAAACAGCAUGCAAAGAGUCUACUUCGCAACAGGCGCUGGGCUUGUGCUGGGCAGUGUUCUGGGGGGAGUGCACGGGCUGGCUGAAGGAAUGAAGCGGACGCUUGGAAAAAAAGAGGCGCUGAAGUAUUUUUGUGCAAGAAGCGCAGCGAGGCUCGCAGGCAGCAUGGGCAUUGCCAGCUACUCCUUUGCGCUAACCGAGCUUCUUCUUUCCAGAGUGCCUGCCGCGUCGCAGAGGGCGCUUAGGAUGCUGCAGUAA